CAGCAGCUCACUACUAAAGCCCAAAAGAGACUGAGUUUCACUUCAGUGUCCUUGGCUUGUGAGACUCAGCAGGAGGAGAAUGAAGGGGCAUCUGAUGGUGUUGCAGCAGCUGGCGCGGCGGACCCUCACCACCACCGCACGUAGGCAAGUGGAGAACAAAGUGCCGCAGAAACAGAAAUUGUUCCAGGCGGAUAAUGGCAUGCCGGUUCACUUGAAGGGUGGAGCUGGCGAUGCCGUCCUGUAUCGUGCCACCAUGGGCCUCACCAUCUUGGGAACCUUAUUCGUACUGUAUGAACUGGGCAAGGCAUCACUUCCACAGAAGAAAGAAUGAUUCUAACUCCUGGAUUUAUUUCUGCCCUAAUGUCCAUGUAUAAGUUGUAAGGAGUAUAAGGAUGUAUUCUCAUGGAGUAUAUUUAUUCUUUUCAUUAUGGGACCAAUCUACAUGUGUGUAGCGGUGGACAAUAAAAUCUGUCUCCCAUAA